GUGAGUCGGGGAUAAACACUCGGCGGCGGUGGCGGCGGCUGCUCUGCUCGGGGUUCUGUCACGGUGUUGGCAGUGCCCGGCUCUCCGGCCCCCUCCCCCUCUCCCGCCCGGCGAGGGUGGUCACCGGAGAGGCUCCUCUGCCUUGCUCAGCGGAGCGGGUCUACGGAGGGGCGCGGGUGUCCGGCGGCGGCAGUGAGCCAGUGGGCAGUGGGGGUUGGUCCCGUGGCUCCGGCCCCCGGUGCAGAAUGGCGGCGGCGGUUCGAAUGAACAUCCAGAUGCUACUGGAGGCGGCCGACUAUCUGGAGCGGCGGGAGAGAGAAGCUGAGCAUGGUUAUGCCUCCAUGUUACCAUACAAUAACAAGGACAGAGGUGCCUUAAAACGGAGGAACAAAUCUAAGAAGAACAACAGCAGUAGCAGAUCAACACACAAUGAAAUGGAGAAGAAUAGACGGGCUCAUCUUCGCUUGUGCCUGGAGAAGUUGAAGGGCUUGGUGCCGCUUGGACCUGAAUCCAAUCGACAUACAACGUUGAGUUUAUUAACAAAAGCUAAAUUGCACAUAAAGAAACUUGAAGAUUGUGACAGAAAAGCCAUUCACCAAAUAGACCAGCUGCAGCGUGAGCAGCGGCACCUGAAGAGGCAGCUGGAGAAGCUGGGGAUCGAGAGGAUUCGGAUGGACAGCAUCGGAUCCACGGUCUCCUCGGAGCGCUCCGACUCCGACAGGGAAGAAAUCGACGUGGACGUGGAAAGCACAGACUGCCUCCCAGGGGACCUGGACUGGAGCUGCGGCAGCGUGAGUGACUCUGACGAGCGGGGCAGCAUGCAGAGCCUCGGGAGCGACGAGGGUUACUCCAGCUCCGGCAUCAAGAGAAUAAAGCUCCAGGACAGUCGCAAGACAUGUCUCGGGCUAUAGGAGACAGUCACCCUAGCUGCCGCCCUGCUGGUUGUCCCGAUGGAUCUGAUUAGGUAGCGUAUGGGACCUACCCAUGAUACUCUUGCACGCAAACUUCAGUGUACCACCUUUACCAAAUCAGCUUUGUCAAAGUUUUUGAGGAAGUUCGUAGGAUUGGGUUUCUGAUUGCAUCUACUAGCCUCUGUAUGUGUGUGUCUCUCAAAAUUUGUCUCUACGAGACUGUACAUUCCAAUCAAUUCGAAGCAUCCAAGAAUUCUUAGACUGAAUGAGCAAUUUUCACAUCUCAGCAGCACCCCCCCACACACACACACCCCUCUUCUUUACUGUCUUCAUGUAGUUGACCAGACCGUUCUCAGUUUUCUGGCAUACUGUUACUUUCCUAGGAGAAAUGUCCAAAUGUGACUUGUGCUUAGGAAACUAAACUGAGGGAAAUGAUCUUUGGAAGCUGAGAUCGGGAUCUCAGAACUCAGAAGUAAGCUUUGAAAGUGAAAUUGAAGAGCACUUAGUCCCAGCCCUGGCCCUGUGAGGAAGUGGGGACGCCUCCUGGAAAUGCCCUCCAGGCACAGCCCAGGCCAAUUCCCCACUCACCCACCACAUGUGGAGAGAGCAGUCCUCACUUUAAAACAAACACCUUGACAGCGUGUCUCUGGGAUUGCACAAUUUAGGGAAGUUCCAACAUUGUUUCUUCUCGCAAACAAAACGGUACAAUCUGUGUGUGUGGGUCUUGGGAACUUGCUGUCAUCUGCUGUCUCAAGGCACAUUUCCCCCUCCAAGUUUGGUAAUGCUACUUGUCUCUGGAACAUUUUUUUUCCUACCUCAGAGAUAAAUGAGAUCUCCAUUUCCCACUUAACAAAAGUGAUUAUGCCGCCUUCUUUUUUUUCUUUUUUCUUUUUCCCCAAAUAAGUGACAUUUGGUCCAAGUCUAAUCUAUUUUCUUAUUUAACUUUCAGCAAUAACUGAGCAUUGGCACUAGCUGAGCUGGUAGCCAUCAUCAGUGAAAGAAAAAGUCCACAUUUCUACUGUCUGUGGUGCAGGUGAACAGGAGGGAUUCCGUAUGAGAAUUCCUCUCUGGGCUGAUUAUUUUUUGAUUCACCAAGAAACUUCUUUAUGGAGUCUUUUGGGUUGAUAGUUUAAAAGGCUGAUUUUUUUUCUCUCUGGUUAUGACUUCUCCUGUAAGUGGUCUCCCACUUUGUAGCAUUUUUAUUUAAGCUAAAAACAGAGCACAUGUAUAUGUACAUAAAACACAUGAAAUCUAUAAAUACUAUUUAUUCAUUUUAUAUAAACUAAUGUAAUGGAAAAUAAAUUCUUAUGACUUUGUGCUUUUAUAGAUGUUCUAGCCACUUUGUAUGUAGGUAGCUACAAAAUUGGUUCAUUCCCCAUAAUAUUUUUGCAUUCAUCUUUUUGAGGGCUUGAUAUUGUCAAGCCUCUGGUGAAUCCUUUUCAUUGAAUCGGAACCAUUUGUAAAAUCUGUGACGCUGAAGUAGAGCAUGUGUCACAAAACAAUAGAACAUUCUUAAAAUCCAAGGCGCACUGCAACUGAAGGGCUCCACGCUGGCUCGCGGUGGGCACCCACCCUGGGCCCCCACUGUGCUGUGGUCACGGGCACACCUCAGCCUUGCACGACGUCAAGCACCUCCACCUUCAAGUUCAAACAUAGUCUGCGCUGCAGUUCAUCUGAUAUAUGAAGAGCAGUCUACACAAAGCAAGAUCUUUUCAUGUUUGUUUUUUUUAAAUGAUUCCUUAAUGUAUUAAAAAAAAAAAAGAUUUAAUUGGAAGUAGCAGAUUCCUCAGUGAUUCCAAAGUCAUCUAUCACACUUCUGGAUUCCCCCCACUCCCUUCAUUUUGACUUUGGUUGGUGGGAGGGGCAGGUGACAAAGGAAUUUUUUUAAUUGUUGGAAUCUUUUCCAAUUACCAGCUGAAGAUUUGCACUGAAAUACAACUUGUAUGCCUUUUGCAUUUUUAAAAAUCUGCUUCCUGAAUUUAAGCAGAGGGAUAGUGUUCAAAGAGCCAGCUCAGCCUGUAACAUGUCUGAAGAAGAUAUGCCUGCACUUUGAGGUCCCUUUCGAAUGCCAUUCGUAAGACCUCUCAAGCAUUUUGUUUAAUUGCUACAUCUAAGCGCCUCACAAGUCCACGAUGCUAGAUGCCACCUGGCAUCAAAAACUCAAGACUUUGGAAAAAGCUUGUGGGCUUACAUUGGGGGGGAGGGUGGGAAGGGAACAAAAUUUGUGUACUUGUUUGUUUGAUUUACAAAUAAGGCAUCUGAGAGAUGCCAUUAUUUUCUGUGUUUUAAAUGUUGUGCCUUUUGAGUUUAAACUGCAUUUUUUUGGUCUUUUUGGUUGAAAUAUGAAAUGUACUGUCCCAAUAUAAAAACAGUAAUUAUUUGACCUUUGCACUGUUUGUCUGGUCCUUUUCAAUUUGAUUGCAUCUAAAUGUGGAACUUGAUCUCUCUAUUUUUAAUGCACUUGUGAUAAACUGACACCAGGGUUAGUUAGACUUUACUUUCAAAGCUCAAGGUAGACCAACUCAGCACGCUAGACAGCUUCUCUCUAACCAAAACUAACCUUUGGGACCAGCAGACUCAGCCCUAGGCAGCUAAUCCUCUUCCCCUCAUGGCUGAACAGCAGCCCUGAUUUUGCCAAUCUGUCCUUUCUCAUUCACUGAUCCACCAGCAGGACUGCUAAGAGUGUGUCUUUUUGUUUUGGUUUUUCUUAAGCAAAAUGAAAAAAAAAAUCUAUUAAGAUUCUUGAGUGGGGGGAGGGCAUGGGCAAAGAUAGAAACCCCAGCCAUUAGAACUUUGACGGUUAUACAUAAAUAUAGAUGUGUACAAACAUAGGCACAUGCAUAUUUUUAUGUGAAAGUUCUUUUAAAAAAAAUUAAAAUCUAAACCAAGCUUAUUGGUACUAUCAUAAUGCAAAUGGAAAAAUAAGAGUAUGUCAUCCAAUUUAAUUUCAUGCCAUGAGGAACAAAUAAUAGAUAUAUAUGUGCUUCUGUUAUCAUCCUCCAAAAACACAGCUUUCCAUCCCUGGUCAGCUUUGAAUGGCCCGCUGAAUAGCCAGGAUGUUUGAAGUUGUUCUUUUGCUAAGCAGAGAUCUUGAAUUCUUCAAGGUACUCAUAGCAACAGUUUUGGCUCCUUUCUCUACUCACAGACCUAAUUUAGCUAGUUUAGUCAUUCCUAGAGCUUCACAGUAUUGAGCAGGACUUAGACCCUUCCUGUCACCACAAGACUGAAACACUUCCAGUUUCAGUUCAGAGUUGAGCAUUGCAUAGACUCUGACUCUGCACUGGGUCACUUAAGUGUUGUUUUGGUUUUGGUUUUAAAGCAAGAAUUUUUCCUUUUUUUUUUUUUUUUUUUGUAAGCAGGGUCUUGUUCUAAAUCCCAUAUUUUUUCUCUUUUCAUUAAAAGCAAAAGUCCCUCCUGGGUUUUCUAUCAGCCUCUCUUUCCCUCUUUUUUGAUGUGGCCAAGAGUAAAUUCUGGAGUCUGAGACAAACUUGUAAACUAGGUGGGAGGUGAUGCUCAAAAUAACCUUAUAGCAAUAUCUUAGGACUUAAUAAUGGAUUUUUGUGGACUUUUUUCCUCUUGCCUUCCUCCCUAUUCCUUAAAGAGAGAACUUAUUUUUGAAAAGAAUAUAUGCAUAUAUAUACAGAUUAGCUAGAUAUGCACAUUACUAUUUAGAGUUUUUUAUACCAUACUGUAUUGGCAAGAAUAUCAUUUUCAUUGUGCUGUAUAAUUUAUUCCUCCCAAAUCUUGGGUCUUUACUUGUGUCUCCAGUGUUGUCUUCCCUCCUUACCAUCCCUGUGUGUUGAACACCAGGUAGUGGGUGUCAGUCUCCUGCAUGUCAAUCUUACUUUUCUACGUUUGAUUCUUUGAUAUGGCAUGUUUCAGUAGCUGGCUACUCGUGACUUCAAAACCCCUUCCUGGGAGAAGACAGCCAGCCCAAAGACCUCUUUUAAAGGAGGUGUCUCAUUCUACAUAGCCAGUCUCUGUAGAUUGUGGGUGUUCUCAAAGAUCCUGGAUUAGGGGUGGGUGCAAUAUUUGAUUUAUCAUGAUUUAUCAAUAUUACCUGGAUGAUUUCCUUUUACUAUAUUCUUCUGGAAGAAGAAAUAGUUGACUGGCAUGGCUAGAUUCAGCUAUUGAAUGGCUGAAGAAAUUGAGUAUGUUUUUCUUUCUCUCAAAAUCAUAACAUGAAAAUUAGGAAGGCACCCAAGUGUUAAAUAAUCUAGAUUUUAAAUUUUGACUUCUUAUUCUGAGGAUGACAGAUGAAAGGGGGUCAUUCUUUAUUUUGGCUUUUAUCUGAGGACUAAACUUGCCUCUACCCCUAAAAUCCCAAGAAUUGGUGCUUUUGGAAUAUUUCUGUUAUCCAUCAACUGGGGGGGGGGGGGGCUGGGGGGACAUCUUCCUAAAGGUAAACACAGCCUAGGCAGGAGAGCAGCAGAUGAAAGAAUAGGAAAUUCUGUUUCCAGAUGUUUAUUUCUUUAUGUAAAUACAAUGCCAAUGUAAAUCCUGUGUCAAGACCAUAGAGAAUGGUGCUUUUUACUACAGUUAGCACAUGCAUUUUUAGAAACUAUUACGUGUUUUAGAGAACCUUUGCUGUGUAUAUGUAAACUUCUGUAUUGUUCAACCGUUAACAAAUAAUAAAUUAUUUCAUUAUGAAAGCAA